AUGCCGCUGCCCGCGGUGCGGCUGGUGCGGCUAGGCCGGGCGCCCUACGCCGAGCUGCUGGCGCUGCAGGAACGCUGGCUGCGGCGGCUGCAGGCCGAGCCAGGGGCGGAGGCGGGCGCCCUGCUCGUCUGUGAGCCCGCGGGCCCGGUGUACACGGCCGGGCUGCGGGGCGGGCUCAGCCCCGAGGAGGUGACGCGGCUCCGGGCUCUGGGCGCCGAGGUGCGGGCCACGGGCCGCGGCGGCCUGGCCACCUUCCACGGCCCCGGGCAGCUGCUCUGCCACCCGGUGCUGGACCUGCGGCGCCUCGGCCUGCGCCUGCGCACUCACGUGGCGGCGCUGGAGGACUGCGCCGUGCGCCUGUGCGAGCGCCUAGGCCUGCCGGGUGUCUGCGCGCGGCCCCCGCCCUACACCGGCGUGUGGCUCGGGGAGCGCAAGAUCUGCGCGAUCGGAGUUCGCUGUGGAAGACACAUUACAUCCCAUGGCCUGGCUCUGAACUGUUCCACAGACCUCACAUGGUUUGAGCACAUUGUGCCCUGUGGGCUGAUUGGCACUGGUGUUACUUCCUUGAGUCAGGAGCUCCAGCGACACUUCACUGUGGAUGAAGUCACACCACAUUUCCUUGAGGCUUUUAAGGAGACUUACAAGUGCAGGCUCAUCUCAGAAGACAGCCCCAGUUGACUACCCUAAUACAAGGGUAGUCAUAUAAACUACCUUCUCCUUCAGAUAUCCCUGGGUCUGAACAGUUUUGAGCACCGAAUCUUUGUCUCUAUAAGUACUCGGGUUUAUCUCUACCUUCCUCACCCACUUUUCAAAUAGUAAACCUGAAACAUGAAAAUCAGUCUAUGCUCUAUAAAUAUAAGGCAUUCACACUGAUGUUGAUCCCAACAUCUCAGCUAGGAGAAAUUUGGAUAACAUUUCUCAACUACUUAUUUUUCAAUAUGGAUGUCAUAUCUCAACUAUUA